CCUCGCUAAAUCCUUGGGCUGCAUAGAGCCGAUGGUCGAGAGACAGCUCAAGUGGUCAAAAUUGUGCACGAAAAACAAAGCAAGCAGAAGUGUUUUUAUUUCAAAUUCGGGAGUUGUGUCCUAGCUUGUGCAAGGCUUAGAUCUUUUGGAAAUUGUGCAGUAGUCUAAAUUUUGGGUAUCAACAGUACAUAAAUUGAUUAGUGAUAACAAACUUCAUUCGUGUUCAGCAAAAUUAUAUCAGGUUGUUGCUAUUUCAGGUUACCGAGAAAUCAAUCAUGAGGAUGAAGAUGCCCGAUCACAAUAUUGAAAGUAGUGGCUACUCGAACAAUGACAACUACAGCGACAGUAGCUACGAUUCGGAUCCGGAGGGUUACAUCACACCCCCGAAUGAGAACAGCUCGAAUGGGGGUGGCAAUAAUGAUGAAGAUUUCUCCGAGUACAUGUGGAUGGAGAACGAAGAGGAAUUUGACAAGCAGGAAAUGCAGCGGCUCGAAGAGGAAGCCCUCAUGGAACAGUGCAUCGAGGCAAUGCUCCAUGAUGAGCAGGAAGCUCAGGAAACGAGAGAGCAGAGUGCGUUCUGUAGUGAACCACAAUCGGGAUGCUCAAAAGGACAGCGUAAUGCACUGUCCACACCGCAAGUACAGCAGGUCAAUGUUGAGAGGUCAACGUUGAACCCUCUAGCCGCGGAAUUCGUGCCAUCAGUACCGCCCGCAUCUACUUAAGUUGCCGCCAACAACCUUUUUUUCUGUUCUAGCGAUAGGUUAAACGUAAAAAAAUACUCAAAUCGUGUGCAAAACAAAAGUAACGAAUCCACCCUAACGUACACAUUUUAACCUGAACCAACAUCUACCACCAUUCGAUUUUCGUUUACUUUUCUGUGAAAAGUAACGUUGAGUAUUUUUUUUGUCAGGACUUAUGAAUUUACGGAACACUAGAGAAGGAAAAAAAAUAUUCAGAUCCCCAUAACGACUUUGGAUAAAACGAAAAUUAGAUUUUCGGUAUAUUUGCUAGUAACCACUAUCAUGGUACAUAUUUGCGAAGUAAAUAUAUUGUAAAACAAUUUAAUGAUCAAGACAUUCGAACAAAUGUAAUAUUUGCGGUAUAGCGGUAAUUGAGCAAUAAAAAGUGAACGCAUACUUAAAUUCAUUUUCUACAUUAAGUUGUAAUGAUAAAAAAAAGUUUUAGGAAAUGAAUCAGGAGGUUAUGAAAAUGUUAAGGGUUCCAACCACAAAACUACAACGAAAAGUAUUGAUCCACUCGGACAUAGUUCAGUUUUAUCAAAUUCAACGUCUAAAACAAAUGUGCGAUAUUCCAAGUUUGUAUGCUAAUGUCAUAAAAGCUUAAAAUCUUGAACCGAAUAACUCUACCGAAACUAGUUGAAACAAUCGUUGAGUAAUCGCGCAUAAGGUAUGGAAGUUGGGGGAAUGUUUGAAAUUCGCGGUAGACUUGUGCGUGAAACAGUUCCUUAGUUCGCAAGUAUUUUUUGCCAUUCGCUCUAAUGCAAACAACGUUACAGCGGAACAAUGCCACGAUGCUUAGCAUGUGGCCUAUAGUAAACGUAUAGUUCACGAAAAUGAAAACGUACAAAAAAAAACAAAACAAAAAUCUCAAAAUGCUGUUAAGAUACUUUUAAAUGGUUAAGCUACUCUACUCUACGUUUUUCUGUGUUUGUUUUAGAAUCCAUUUCAAUUUCCCUUGUAAUAACUGUAGCAUCCGUAACAACGCUUCAUAAGUGCGCCUAGAAGGCAGGAUUGGUGUAAAACAAUACGGAAAUUGUAAUUUACGGGAUUGUAAAUCCUUUAGGGCAGAUAGGGGUUCUGUUGCGAUACGUUGCUUAUGCAUACAAAAUUAAGGGAGUAAUCUACAAUUUAUUUUCUCUCCGUUCCUUCACAUUACCGGAUAUACGCAAUUUUUUAUAUUUUCCGUCAGUAAAGCUUCUAUCCAGUCAUGAGUAAUAUGUCCUUGCAUUUAAACGAUAAACGGAACGGAGGAAUGCAGUUUUAGUCCUUGAUGUUAAACUUUUUUUAUUGUGAUUUUUUUAUUUAUUUAUGAAGUAAGCAGCGCAAAAACACAACUGAAAUGUAAGUUAAAUAGUUCAAACUAAGUAUCAACAGUGUGAUAGUAUGAAUAAAAAGUUUAAAAACAUUAAUUGUAUUUAUUUUAACUGUGUAUAGUUA